GUCUAAAGCCAGGAAGUUUGAAGAAGAAAGGGGCCACAGUGUAGAAGCUGAUAGUCACUCUCUGGGCUUAGAGAGGGAAAAGAAGGAAACCAGGAUUGGGGAGAGAAGCCUUUGGUUCCUGGCCCUGUGGGAAUGGUUUACCCAGAAGGGUGGAGAAGAAAAUCUGUGGGAGGUGGACUAGGAAGCAGCCCAGGGAAAGAGCAGCAAGGUUAGAGAUUUUGCAGACAUUGACUGCUGAUUUUAAGGUCCCAGGGCUGGAACCUGGUACCAGUCACUGAGAAGUGGCACAGGAUUGUGGGAGACGCCAAUCAGACAGCUGGUCCAGAGAGACUUUGAUACUCUGGGGGGAGGGGGGGGGACUGUAUAAUGACUUAGCUGGAGGGCUGAGUCCCGAAGAGAGAGAAGCUGCGGGCUGAGCGAAUGACGGAAGCGGGUGCCAGACCGGAUGAGAGCUGAUUUCCCCAGAUGCAUCCAUGAGGAGGCAACUCAGGAAAGUACAUGAUGGCUGUGUCCUGGUCAGACCGAAACAACAUUCUCAUCUAUAGGACUUUUGAAGAGUUUAAGAAAUUUCAUAAAGUACUGAAGAGAAAAUUCCCCAUAGAAGGUGGUUUACUGAAGAAAUCUGACCGGAGCAUUCCAAAGUUUAAAGAUGCAAAACUGAUGCAGAGAAAGAGCAGGAAUUUGAGCAGGUCAAUGGAGAGAUUGAAACUGCUGGAGACUUACUCCCAGGAGCUGCUGAAAGCGGAUGCUAAGGUCUCCCAGAGCGAAGAUGUGAUCCAGUUUUUCAAAGCGCAAACCCAAGACCUAGAUCCUUCCUUUCCAGAAAACAGCAUUAUAAUUAUGCCCUCAGAAAUGGGAGAUGGAAAGAAAGACCAGCCCAAGCAGCAGAGCCCCUCUGUUACUCAGCCUGUGGUCUCCCAGAGCUACAGCUGCAUUGAAGCCUAUGAAACCAAAGACACAAAGAACAGACCCUUCAAAGUUGACAAGAAGGAAAUUGUCGAAGUGUUAAUCAAGGACAUGACCGGGUGGUGGCUGGUGGAGAACAAGGAUCAGCAAAUAGCCUGGUUCCCAGCUCCGUAUCUGGAGGAGAGAGUAACUGGGGAGGAGAGUCCAAAUGCCAGAGAACUGGAUGAGGAGGGGACUCUGUAUUACGCCGUGCGGGCCUACGAAUCUCAGAAGGCCGAUGAGCUCUCUCUGAAUGUCGGGGUAGUCGUGGAGGUGCUGGAGAAAUCUGACAAUGGCUGGUGGCUGAUCUGGUACAAUGAGCACACUGGCUACAUCCCCUCCAUGUUCCUCCAGCCCUAUAAGAACCCGCACAGCAAGUUCCAAACAAUGGUGAACACUGGCCUCUGUGUCUCCACCCCUAACCUGCUGCAGGCCGCCAGCCCCUCCAACUGGAGUUCCCUCCCCCAGCGCAAGACACAGGCAGGGGACGAGCCCCCAACUCGCUCAGCGCAUGAGAGGCCCAUAAAGGGCAGGGAUCCUCCCAGCAGAAUGAGAUCGAGAUCUCUGAGCGGCCCGCUGCCUGGGGCAGAGAGCACAGCCAGCUCCAACCUCACGUGUGAGCUAGACAGCCUGUCUGUUAGUUCUGGGAGCGGGAGCGAACACGGCUUCAACCGGGAUUGGAAGGCAGACUCAUCAGGGUCUCUGCCUGGAGUCAAGCAGGCUGGGGCUGGCCUCCUGCAAGCGAGCCUAGGUCAAACCUCGACCAGUCAAGGCAGCAAAGCUCCUCACCUCACCAGCAAGGAUAGGAAUGAUUCAGGCUUUGAGGAGGAGUCUCCAAGCUACUCAGAUUCUUUCCUUCACAGCCCAGACUCUGCUGCCAGCGUCCCCAAGGUGCCCAUGCGACCCGCGGUCCAGGAAAUCCUCCAGAAAUGCAGCACUGUGACGAAGAGAGCCGUGCAAAGGGCUGCACCCAGGCCAAGCCUGCAACCCUCCCCUCACCUCCACCCCGGAGGGGAGACGUGUGCAAAACCGACUGAUGCUCUAGACCAUGUGUGCCUCCGAUGAGACUCCGUUAUCGCCCUGAGCUGGAGGGUGGAGACUGCAGUAGCUGAAAUUCCUGACAUUAUCCUGGCUCAGCUGACGGAGAGGAUGGACUCAGCCUUUAACUCCUGGUUGGAAGCUGCUCUUGCAUGGUUGCUUGACUGGCUGGUUUGCGCUAAUGCACUGGACUCGCUGUUCACACAGGAAGAACUGGAGGCUGGAAUGCCGCAGAAUUGUCUCUGCUGCAGAUACUGCACCAGAUCCGCAACUGGCAUAAAUGGGGUCAUUCCACUGACUUCAGUAGAGUUGUUUACACCAGCUGAGGCUUUGGCCCACUAACUGGUUAAGAGGUUAAACUUUAGAGUUAAAUUAAUCCCAGCCAUCUGCCCAAGGAUUGCUUUACCCCAUUACUGGGGCAUGAAGGGAACUGAGGCCCAGAGGCUAAGUGACUUGCUCAAGGUUACGUAGAAAAUCAGAGUAGGAAAUUGAACCCUGAUCUUGUAAGUGCGAGGCCAGCACCCAAACCACCAGACCAGCCUUCCUCUGAAAGACUUGUAAUUAAGUGCAGUGUUAAAUCAGUGCAGCCUGGGAUCAGUUUGCUUUACACAUUGUAACCACAUCUCACACUUCAGCACAUGUAUUCUCUUAGGGUCCACUGCAGCGUUAGGCGGUUCAGUCCCCACCCUUGUAAACAAUCAGACACUACUGGAUGAAACGAUCACAUUUGUUGGGAGGAGAGGGAGUUCUCUGACCCAGACUUUCUUUCGCUUAUUUCGGUAGAGUCAAGUGAAUAAUUCAUAGGAAUCAUUUAUUCAAACUGUCCAGUCCUCUGCUCUGUCCCCAAAUUGACCUGCGAGCAGUUUGGAAUGUUGUUGAACCAUGAAUGAAUUCAAUGCUAUUUGUCAAACCGUUUCGGUGAAUCACACUGGAUCUGCAGAUUGGCCACCAGAACUGAAAAGUCAAGCUGUUAGGCAGCUUGGAUGGCUGGCUUUAUCCUUCCAAGGCGGGUCUGUAUGGGCUUGGACGCGUAAGUGCCAUGAUCUCACUUAUCUAUGUGGAUGACAGUAAUUAUUUGGAUUAGGUCUUUAGUGUGAAUUUUCCCCCUUAUGAGCUAAGUUUUGACUGCCAAUGAAGAUUCUCUAAUAUUAGCUUAAAUUCACCCUUUACACAGCUAUUCCCACCUGUAAACUCACUCGUGAAGAUGCUCAUGGAAAAACCUAUUUUUAAUUCAAAGGCACUUUAAGCUAUCCCACCCCCCAAGCAGUAAUUUAAUUACCCUUCCAUAAAUCUGCUAUUCUGACUUUCUGAGACAUGCCUGUGAGAUCACAAUGAACCAAGCUGUUUUGUUCAGCUUGCAAGGUAUUUAUUGUUCUAAAUUACAUGUAUUUAUGCCUUGGUUUGGAUUAAACAUAUGAUAGAACCUCUCUCUGUUUCUUAGAACUCGGACACAGUACUUGGUUUAUUUUACAUUUCAAGGAUCUGUUCAUUUUAGGAAUUAAAAUUUGGCAGGUGAUGAGUUUGGAGGGUGAUGGGCACAGCCUAGGAACCUGGGCCAGAUCCUCAGCUGCUGUGGAUUGUCAGAGCUCCCUGGGGAUGUGCAGGGAAUCAGUCAUCUAGGAACACAGAAUUACAGACAAAAACUACAUGAAAAGAACAUUAAGGUUGCAAAGUGCCUGAAUUCAGUUUGCCUGUGCAAAGAAAGGUUUCAACACAUGGCCACAACCUUGGGUAACAGCCAAAUGUCUGCCCAGGAUGGACUGUGAUUUCUUUAACAGUCCUUCCUCAAGAGUCUUGCGACUACUCAUUUGGCAUCCCUGCAAGGCUGCAGCAUUGUAAUUGUCUGAUGGCUGCCCUGGGGCAGUUCUCAGUUUGUUUUCUUAGGCUUUGCUUCCUUCCUGACUAACAUGGGAGGCACUUUCUGUUUGUUUUUUAAACCUCUAA